AUGACUACUUUUAUUUUAGAAAAACUCAGACGAAGUUGCGCGUACAGUACUCAGUACAACUUCAUUGCCACGAGAAUACAACAAAACCGCAAUAUUUUAAAAUGUGAAGCUAUUUCAUUGGAAGAAACAAUAAAUUUAUUAUUGAAAUAUAGAAGGAAUUUAGAAGCGGAUAAAGAGGCUAAAGAUAAGUUGAAGAACAUAAACCUAAAAACGAAAAAAUAUAGAAGUAGUUUUUACGGGGACAAUGAAGAUGAAGAUGAAAUAAGUUACAGAAGAGCUUUUGUAAGUGCCGAAGAACUUGGAGAUUUUAGAAAAAGCACGAAGUAUGGAUAUGGUACCAACGACCUAUACACACCAAGUCGUCGAUUAUAUGACUUCCAUGCUGGGAUGAGGUCACCAAUCCUUGGAUCUCCAACGGUACCCAGUCAGCUGCCCGAAGCAGAAGCCAUUCUCCCAGGGCAUACGCUGAUCAGACCAGCUCUGGGAAUGCUCAAAUCUGCUGUGAAGUUUCCACAUAAAGACCUGGACAAUGGUGCUGGAGUUUAUGGAAAUUUGGAUAAUUUGGGUAUCACAUACGGCGGUACAGGCGAACGAGUAUUGUACACUGGAUUUAGAAGAAAUAAUAAUGCCUUCUUACCAUCCGAGGAUUUUUGUAAACAUUAA